AUGUCGCAGUUUGACAAUAAUGCCUUCACCGGCAUCACCACUCCCAACAAGCCGGGUACGACCAUUCUCGGCCUGGCUUCAUCGUUUGAGAGUGAGUUCACCCAAACCACCGGCGCACGAGCUGGUCCCGGUGCCAGUAACCAGCCUGCCUCUUCGGCCGUCUCCGAAGCGUCGAGUGCGUCUGAUGCUGCUACCGCGUCUGGAUCACCGGCUGUGGCGGCGACGUCCACCACCUUCAGCACUUCUGUAACCUCGGUUGCAUCCUCGAACUCGAACGACCUCCCCUCGACAACCGCAUCCAAUGCAGCGAGCAACACCAGUGGCGCCGUCACCGUAUCCCACAGCUCCUGUAACAGCAUCUCGUGUUCUUCUGCCCUCAAAGCCGCUGUUGCCGUUCCCAUUGUUGUCGCGGCUAUUGCAGCUGUCUUUCUUUUCUUCUUUUGUGCCAGGAAGAGGCGGAAUCGUGGCUCUGCAGCCGUCGUGUCUGAAAAACAACCCAAAAAGGCCGGCAAAAAAUGGUCGCGACACUUGCGCGCCUUCUCCUUUGAUGCUGAGUUGCUGAUGGGCGGCCGUUUCUCCAGCACCAACAGCAUUCGCAGCAGAGAUCCGAGUGUCCGAAGUGGUGCCCACAACGCUCAUGGCGUUGUGCAGAGUGCGGAGCCCAGCUUACAUAGCAUUGAAGAGGAAGUCGCUCCGCCAUAUCGAGAUGCAAUCGCUCAUUCUCAACCUCCUGCCAGCCCGACUCAACUGCGGUCCACUGCCCCCAUUACCACUGUAGCGAGGGAUCCAAUCGCUCGUCCAGCUUCAACCGCAACAGCACCACCUUCGUAUGGCUCGGUCGUUGGCGAGACCAGGACGAUACGGGAUGCUGGCAGCAAUCCGUUUGCGGACUCGGCCCCUGUCAGUCCCAUCGAGGACUCACCUUUCAGUGAUCCUCCGGAAGAUGAAGAAACACACGCUGGAGGUUUAAGGCCAAUGCUAAGCCGAGGCUCAUCAAUGUACCAAAGCCUGAAUGCGGACGACGCUUCGGAAGUGGCGAGCAUACGACAAGCGCAGGUUGGCCGACGGGUAUCUGCCAGAGCGACCGGCAACACCGGUGGCGGCAGUGGUUAA